AAGCGCUCGCCACGCUGCCAGCCCCGCGCCUAUACACCGCAUUCACUCCCUAACCCCCCUUCUUAGCAUAUUUGAUCACUUUGAUUCUCAGUUCUUUCGCUUUUUUUUUUUUUUUUUUUUUUUUUUUGGUGGUGGGGGAGGGCGAUUGUCCCUCCUGUGCCUCUGCUCGUCUUGCUUUUUUUUUUUUUUUUUUUUUUUUGCAUGAAGAAUGAUGCAGUUUUCUAGGUGGUGAUCCGUCUUUCCCUCCUCCUCUUCCUCCUCCUUGCUCGCCUCUUUUAUCAUUAUCACUGGCUGAGCUCUAAGCUGGAGAGUUGACUCUUUCCCUUCACCUCCCCCUUCCCCCUCCCCCCCCUCCCCUCCACCCCAUGUGUUGGGUGAACCAACGGCGCUAAGAGCCCCACUUGCAAAGAAGGAGACGCGGCACAAGGCAGCGAGCUGCAGCGGCAGCAGGAGGAGGAGGAGAAGCAGCGGCUGCAAAAUAAAGAAAAGAAAAGAAAAGAAAAGAGAGAGAAAGAGCGAGCAGGAGAAAGAAGCAGCGGAAAGAAGCGGGGGGGGGGGAGCCAAGCUGAUCUCGGUUGAUGUUUCCACAACCUGGACUUCAAAAAACUACAGCGAAGCCCUCCGCUUUUUGCGCCCAGAAAAAAAGUCUUUUCAGUGGUGCAAUUUUUUCCCCCCCUUUGCAGCCUGUGUGUCAUCUUUAACCUUUUCUCCAUUCUUAUUUUGAUGGCUUUCCUGAAUGGCUAACUGUGAGCUUCCCUGGACCUGGCCCCCCGACACUCGCCUCUCCUCCUUCAACUCCUCGGCAGCAGAUCAGCUCUAAGAGAGGGAGAGAGGGAGAUCUUUGAAGAGAUUUUUUCCUCUCUCUCUCUCUCUCUCUCUCUCCCCCCUACCCCUACCACCCCCUUACUUUUCUGUCUUUACGCCAGACAAUCGACUCGCAAUCUCCCCCCCCCCCAACACCCCUCGUUCUCCGCCUUCGCUGGCAUUUUUUUCUGUCCCCCCAUUCCCCCUUUUCUCCUUUUUUUAAGGGAAAAGAGAGAGAGAGAGAGAGAGAGAAACUGCUGCAAAGCUGAUCUGAAAACCGAGCAAACAAACUUUAAAAAUAAAGGGGGGACAGGCAGUUUGGAAACGGUGUCCAAUAGAUAUGGCAAUGGUAGUUGGUGCGUGGCGAGACCCCCAGGACGAUGUACCCGGAGCUCAGGGAACUCAGCCUGCUCAAGCCCCUCCAGUGCAAGGACCACCAGCUGGGGCCCCUCAUACACCACAAACCCCGGGACAAGGAGGGCCCCCCAGCACUCCAGCCCAGACCAACCAGCCAAGCCAGCAGAGCCAAGGAGGAGACAAGCAGCAACAACAGCAGCACAUUGAAUGUGUGGUUUGUGGGGACAAGUCUAGUGGCAAACAUUAUGGCCAAUUUACCUGCGAGGGUUGCAAGAGUUUCUUCAAGCGGAGUGUCAGGAGGAACCUGAGCUAUACUUGUCGGGCCAACAGGAACUGUCCCAUUGACCAGCACCACCGCAAUCAGUGUCAGUACUGCCGGCUCAAAAAAUGCCUCAAAGUUGGCAUGAGACGGGAAGUUUCUUCUUUAUUUACUGCAGCCGUCCAGAGGGGCAGAAUGCCACCCACACAGCCAACUCAUGGUCAGUUCGCCUUGACAAAUGGGGACCCUCUCAACUGCCAUUCCUACCUAUCCGGAUAUAUCUCCCUUCUCCUGCGAGCAGAACCUUACCCAACCUCCCGCUUUGGCAGUCAAUGCAUGCAACCCAACAACAUCAUGGGCAUCGAGAACAUUUGUGAACUGGCAGCCAGGAUGCUCUUCAGUGCGGUGGAGUGGGCCAGGAAUAUCCCCUUCUUCCCAGACCUCCAGAUCACAGACCAGGUGGCCCUCCUCAGGCUGACCUGGAGCGAGUUAUUUGUCCUCAAUGCUGCCCAGUGCUCCAUGCCCCUCCACGUAGCUCCUCUCCUGGCCGCUGCUGGCCUCCACGCUUCGCCGAUGUCUGCUGACCGAGUGGUCGCCUUUAUGGACCACAUACGAAUCUUCCAAGAGCAAGUAGAAAAACUGAAAGCAUUGCAUGUCGACUCUGCAGAAUAUAGCUGUUUAAAGGCCAUAGUCCUCUUCACCUCAGAUGCCUGUGGUCUCUCUGAUGUAGCCCAUGUUGAAAGUUUACAGGAGAAGUCACAGUGUGCUUUGGAAGAAUACGUUAGGAGCCAGUAUCCCAACCAACCAACGCGAUUCGGGAAGUUACUACUACGUCUUCCCUCCCUGCGCACUGUCUCAUCUUCUGUCAUAGAGCAAUUGUUUUUCGUCCGUUUGGUAGGUAAAACCCCAAUAGAAACCCUAAUCAGGGAUAUGUUACUGUCUGGCAGCAGUUUUAACUGGCCUUAUAUGUCCAUUCAAUAAAAUAUUGGAGAAAAAAAUAAAAUAUAUAUAUAUUGAGAAGGGAGAUGAAAGAGAGGGAAAGGAAAGCAAAUGACAUUUGGGUUCUGGUGGUUGCUUAUAUUUCCUUCUGCUAAGGAUGUUACAAGUUUGCUAAAAGAAGACAGGGGAAAAAUAAUGGACUGUGAAUUUAAAAAAAAAGACUCUUAAAUGAACUUUUACAGAAUGCAUUAAAAACUCCCGUGUCAUUAAGAGAAAAAAACUUGCUACUUGUCAUUUCUUUUGUUUAAAAAAUAAAGGGGAAAGAAAAGUAAAAGAAAAAA